AUGGACGGCGGAGAUUGCGCCAUCCGGGCCGUGUGGGUGGUGGCGCACCACCAAGCGUACGGCGGCCCGUCUGCAGGUUCCUCCGACCCCACCUGCAGCAUUCUCUUCUCACGCCGAUUCCCCACGGUGGACCGCCAGUGGCGUCUGCUCUGUGCCACGUCACCUGCCUCUACCGAGCACGCUCCAGUUUCCACAGCUCCUCCAGGAGGGCAGGGCAAGCCCAGUAAGGGACCUCCCCCAGUGACGUACCGCCCGAUCCCUUUGGACGAUGAGAUGAGCAUCGCAUUCGCACAGCACAUGCAGCGCCUCGGCUCCUCUCCGGCCAUUCGCAGCGCGACAUCUGUCAUCGGCACGGACGAGUGGUUGGACGAUCCGAUCACGCGCCACGUCAUCGGGCUUCACCUCGUCAGCACCACUCCCACCCUCCCCGCCUCCCACUCUCGCACCCAGGCUCAAUCUCGCACUCGAACAGCGGCAGGGAAGACUAGAGCAGAGAAUGCAGGAGGAGCAGCAGCAGGAGUAGCAGGAGGAGGAGGGGGAGCAGCAGGAGCACUGCACCCCCAUUCCAAGGCCUCCAACGUGCACGUUCUCGUGCUGCCAUUGGUGGCGCCCUGCCACGUGGCAGCAUAUGAGAGGCUGUGCUGGCAGCGCAACUGCGGGGGAGGGGCGGGGUUGGCGCAUGGGGGAGGGGGAGGGGGAGGAGGAGGGGAGACAGCAGGGGGAGGGGUGGGUGGUUCUGGGGGCGGUGGUACUGGUGCAGGUGGUGCCAGUAGAUUCACGCUGUCUGCUUUGCUUGCUGACCUACCUGCUGUGACAGCGGCCAUCUCUCUCGCUCAGUGCAUCGAAUCCCUCAUCUCUACUGACGCAUCCGCCACUCCCACCGCUACCCCUCGCGCCUCCCCCCUCCUCUCCGCCCCCUCCGGCCCCUCCUCCACCCUCCCCUCCAUCUCCCUCACUGGAGGUGGAGGAGGAGGAGGGGGUGGGGGAGGAGGGAUGGGAGGGGUGGGUGGUGGUGUGAAGGCUGGUGCUUUGGGCACUAGUACCAUUGGCAGCAGUACCAGCUCUGCUGCUGCUGCCGCCGCCGCUGCUGCUGGUUCUGGAGGGGAACUGGGUGGUGGAGGAGGGGGAGGGGCAGGGGGAAAAGGAGGGGCAGCAGCAGGAGGGAGUGGCUUAGGGUUUGGAUUUCUGGGGGCGAUAGGGGCCAGUAUGGGCAUGUCCCGAGCCAAGACCGCCCAAACCAGCCAGCUUGGUUCGGCGCCAGGCUUGGGCGGAGGCUCGGGAGGAGGGGAUGUGGGGAGGUCGGGUGGUGGGGGAGGAGGUGGCGUGAUGCUGCAGCAGCUGAAAGCGGCUGAGCUGGAGGGUAUCAGACUGCUCAUUUCAACGUACCUCCCUUUUGGUCGACCCAUUGACUUCCCCACCCCUGCCACCAUCACCACCCUUCGCACCCAACCAGCUGCCUACUCCCAAGAUCUCUCACCUUACUUGCACCCGCCUUCCUCCCCCUCCUCCUCUCUCUAUUCUAGCAAGCCCAACAGCCAAACACACCAGCAGCAGCAAGCAGGAAGAGCGGGAGGAGCAGAGGCAGCACUGAAAGGCCUCGGAGGAACUCUAGGCGCGUCAGUAGACUCCCUAAGAGACACUUGUAGGCAGCCGGUGGGGAAACCAGUGCUUUACACCGGAAAACAGAGGGUAUCCGUAGCAGUGGUGGAGGAAGUGAGUGUAGCUCUGUAUGAUAGAGAAGGGGAAGUGGCAGACGUGGUGAAUGUAACCGGUAGGGUUACCACACGGUGGGAAGUGGAGGGUCUGCCAGAUGUCACGCUCUCAUUGGACGUGCCGGAAGAUGCAUGUGUGGAGUCUCUUGUGGUGCACCCAUGCGCUCAGCUGACCAACCAGCACACUGUCUCCUUCAGCCCGCCUCUGGGAGCAUUCGAUCUUGUCAAUUACCACUGCUGCCUGCCCACCACCCCGGAGCAACUACAACAGAAACUGCAGCAGCAGCGGCAACAGCAGCAACAGCAGCAGCAGCAGCAGCAGCAACAGCAGCAGCAGCAGCAAGCGCAGAUGCAGCAGCAGCAGCAACAAAGGUUUCCUCCCUCCCCCACCACCCCCUCUGCACCCCCUUCCACCCCCUCGUUCCUCUCCUCCUCCUUCUUCUCCCCCAAACCCCCCACUGCUCCCACCUCUCUCGCCCGCCUUUUAGCCUCCAUGCGAACACCUCCUGUCGUUGGCUUUUACCAGAACCAGUUUGUUUCUCCCACCGAGUCCCAGUUUUUACUUAAGCUCCGGAUAAUGGAUGGGUACAAGCCGCCGUGUAACAUGGAGCAAUGCACAUUGCACAUGCCCUUCCCACGCCGCCGCAUUCUGACGGUCUCUGCGGCGGCCCCAUCUUUGGGGGUAGUUACCCACACCGAACACUUGAUUGAAUGGCGGAUUUUUGCGCGGGGUUAUUCUGGAAAGACCCUGGAAGUUUCCUUUUCUGGUUCGGUGUUUUUCCAUCCAAUAGAAGAUGGGGGAGAAGAGGGGGGAGGGAAGGAGGAGGGGGGGAGGAAGGAGGGUGUGGGGGAAGGGGUGGAGGAGGAGGAUGAGGGAGUGGGAGUGGAGGAAGGAGGGGUUGUGCGCGGUGUGAGGGGGUCUGGGUGGGAUGACCCAUUUUGUCGAGAUGCGUUCGAUUAUGCCAAGGUGGCAUUCAAGAUGCACGGAGGAACAGUCUCAGGCGUUGCAGUGAGCGCAAGCAAGAUCAACAUCUUCCCACCACCAACCAAGACUCCUCCUCUUGAAAUCUCUCAUCAG